UGGUUUGGCGCCAAAUCUUGUUUAGCUGCAUGUUGUGUUUUCUAUUUUUACUAUUAUUUCGUGUUAUUUGUUAAUAAACUAAGCAAAAAUGGAUGUAGCGGAUAAUACUGUGGGUCAAAGACAACAACGCGAUGAAGUGGGAGUGCGUUGUCAAAAAUUAUUCCAGGAUUUUCUGGAAGAAUUUAAAGAGGAAGGCGAGUUGAAAUACUUGGAACCGGCACAAGAACUUCAGAACGAUGAAAGAAGCACCAUUGAAGUUAGUUUUGAAGAUGUGGAAAAGUACAAUCAAAAUCUUGCAACCACGAUCAUUGAGGAGUAUUAUAGAAUCUACCCGUUCUUGUGCAGGGCCGUCGGUAAUUUCGUUAAAGACCGCACCAGUUUUAAGAAGGAGAAGGAGUUUUAUAUUAGUUUUAUGGACGUACCGACCAGGCACAUUGUAAGAGAGUUGAAGACUGAUAAAAUCGGAACGUUGGUUCGUAUUAGUGGGCAGGUGAUUCGCACUCACCCUGUACAUCCAGAGCUGAUUUCCGGCACUUUUGUGUGCCUCGAAUGCCAAACGAUGGUCAAAGGGGUGGAACAACAGUUUAAAUAUACUCUGCCGACGAUUUGCAGGAACCCUGUGUGCCAGAAUAGGAGGAGGUUUAUGUUGCAAACUGAUAAAUCGGAUUUUGUCGAUUUUCAGAAAGUUAGAAUACAAGAAACUCAGGCCGAGUUGCCUAGGGGUUGCGUUCCGAGAAGUGUUGAGGUUAUUUUAAGGGCGGAAAACGUGGAAACUGUCCAGGCUGGAGAUCGUUAUGACUUCACUGGUACAUUGAUUGUGGUACCGGAUGUGAGCGCUAUGACCCUGCCUGGUGCCAAAACCCAAAUUGGGUCGAAACACAAGCACGGGGACGAGGCUGACGGCGUGCGAGGCUUAAAAGUGCUCGGGGUCAGGGAUUUGCACUAUCGCAUGGCGUUUUUGGCCUGCAGUGUGCAACCUACCAACCCCAAGUUCGGCGGUAUCGAAAUGCCCAUCGGCGAAAUAACUCCGGAAAUAAUGAAGCAACAAAUGUCUGACGGCGAAUGGAAGCACAUGUACGAAAUGUCCCAUGACAAGAAUCUUUACGUCAACAUGAUCAACAGUUUGUUCCCGAGUAUACACGGGAACGACGAAGUAAAAAAGGGCAUUUUGCUUAUGCUUUUCGGCGGUGUGUCGAAAACCACCAUAGAAGGUACCGCGCUGAGAGGCGACAUCAACUGUUGCAUUGUCGGUGAUCCGAGUACAGCAAAAUCUCAAUUUUUGCAACAGGUUUCGGAAUUUUCUCCGAGAGCCGUAUACACUUCCGGCAAGGCCUCGUCGGCCGCCGGACUCACGGCCGCCGUCGUCCGCGACGAGGAAACCUCGGACUUCGUGAUCGAGGCGGGCGCCCUGAUGCUGGCCGACAACGGCGUCUGCUGCAUCGACGAGUUCGACAAGAUGGACCCGCGCGACCAGGUCGCCAUCCACGAGGCCAUGGAGCAGCAGACGAUCUCGAUCGCGAAGGCGGGCGUCAGGGCCACCCUCAACGCCAGGACGUCCAUCUUGGCGGCCGCCAACCCCAUCGGCGGCCGCUACGACAGGGCCAAGUCCCUGCAGCAGAACAUCAUGCUCAGCGCACCCAUCAUGUCCAGGUUCGAUUUGUUCUUCAUUUUGGUCGACGAAUGCAACGAAGUUAUCGAUUACGCUAUCGCGAGAAAAAUCGUGGACUUGCACAGCAACAUCGAGGAAGAGUCGGUGCACAGAAUAUACACGAAACAGGAGGUUUUGCAGUACAUUUCGUUCGCCAGAAAAUUCAAGCCGAUCAUCAACAAAGAGGCAGGCGAACUGCUCGUAAGGUACUACAACAGGCUGCGCCUGCGCGACAGCACCACCUCCGGCAAGUCGACCUGGCGCAUAACUGUGCGCCAACUCGAGAGCAUGAUCCGUCUGUCGGAGGCGCAGGCGCGCAUGGACAUCUCGGACGAGGUGCGCACCGGGCACGUGCGCGAAGCGUACCGCCUGCUCAACAAGUCCAUCAUCAGGGUGGAGCAGCCGGACAUUCACCUCGGGGCCGAGCACGACGCGAGCUUGCACGACGACGAGCCGAUGGAGGAGACGGCCGACGCGUCGGCCGAGGGGUCGCAGGCGGCCGGGGCCAGGAAGAGGAUGGUGCUCAGCUUCGAGGAGUACAAGGCGCUGAGCAACAUGAUCGUGGUGCACAUGCGCAAGGAAGAGGUCAGGCAGGAGAAGGAAAAUGAGGAAGGUAUGAGGAUGAGCAACGUAGUCGAAUGGUAUUUGGAACAUGUCGCUGAUCAAAUUGAAACCGAGGAGGAAUUAAUAGAAAAGAAGGAAAUGUUUGAAAAAGUGCUGGAUCGUCUGAUCUACCAUGACCAAAUUCUUAUCACUUUAAACAAAGUCGGUCUUAAAGGAAAGGACCAAGGAGAAGAAGAAAAGGACCCUUACCUGGUUGUACACCCCAACUACAUUAUUGAUCAUUAAUUUACAGUUUUUUGUGU